AUGCCGCCUGCUAAGCGCAAGUCCACUGGUGAUGCGCGGACGUCAAAGGACAAGUUGCAGAAGGGAGCAACGGCUGAGCAGAUCGAGGAGCAGCCGCAUGUUUCCAAACUUGUGGCUUGGCUGAACGAAACCGUUUUUCCUGCUGGAGGGCCGGACAAGUACUUGUCGGCCAAGUAUGAUACGCAGGUGAAGAAACUUGAUUUCGCUGAGUGGAUUGACAAGUUUGCGGUGGCAGAUCUGAGGCACACUUAUGCAGGAGGCGCUGCGGAAGGUGCCCAGCUUUGCCGCCCUUGGCAGCUAGCUUGGCGAGCAGACUUCGGGUUCUUGACCAACCCGGACUUGCCUGGAACCGAGAAGAUUUCGGCUACGAAAGUACCGAAGGAGUUCCUGGAUGCGCCGUACUCUGAUCUUCCAUCUACAAUUGGAGGUGGAGCCUUGUUGCCACCGUUUAGUGUGGGAUACUGCAAGGGGUGGAAACGUUCUGUGAUGGCUUUGAUCACACUUCAUGGAAUACGUGAAUUGCAGUAUGACGAUGCCAUCAAGCACGGAAUCAAGGCUUCGUUCGCCACUGUUUACACCACCUUCAGCCAGUUUAGAGAUGUACGCAGCCAGGUGUAUGCAAACCGAGGUGCUGGUUUGGCCAGCACUCAAACACGAGUGCGACCGAAUGCCUUCCACUUUCGCAGACAGGUCAUGAUCCUCCAAAGAGCCGGGGGUGGUUCUGCUGAACGGCAGUUCACCGAGUGGAAGCAAUCAACAAACAUUGCCAGGGCAUUCAGCAUUGGAAAGGCUGAGAGUGAGGCAGUGAGUGCCUUGAUGACCCAGAUCAAGCCGGAACUUGUCGAUCGUCUCUCGGAUGCUGUCCGUGCCAGAGGCAUGGUCAAGCUUCUACACCACGAGGCAGGCCUGGUAGUCACCAGGUUGAUUGGUGAUUUCGACAGAACUGCCCCGGGUCUCCGGAAGGCUUUGAACUUCAAAGAUGCAUUAGCUUUGCAUCAAGCUGCUGGAUUGUUUCAGCAUUUUCUCCGAAUCCUUGAGCAGACCGCGCCUUCAGCUCUCUUUGCUGAAUCCCGUGACAGUUUGGAAGCGCAGUUUUUGCAAGGCUUUCUUGACCCAGACCUUUGCCAUUGCUUGACUGUGCAAGUUCCCCCAGGUGAUAUCAAAUCCAUCAGUGCUUUCAGGCCUUUGGUAGCGAAAUUGGAGGCAUCCAUCAGAUUGGAGAAGGAGGAGAAGGAACAAAGAAUUGCCCUCAAUCUGCGACAGGCAGACUUUGAGUCCUUGGCAGCUAAGAUUGAAAGGGACUUCGAAACCUUGGAGGCGCGCAAUCCAAAAGAAUCCCAACGAGCACAAGAGCACGCUUUGGACAUGAAGAAAGGGAAGGACUUUGUCGAGCAGUGGAUGAGCGAGCACUGCUGCUUGGUUGAUUGCUCCGAAGGGAUGACUGCUGCGAUCCAGUCCUUCUUGCAAUUCAAGGAGCAGUUUCGUUCAGGGAACGAGCAGUACAUUGUGUGCACGUUGGAUGCCACCGUGUUUCCGGCAAAUGGUUCGCAUUUGCAAGCGGCGUUGCAGACUUUGACCACCUUGAUGAGCAUGUCUUCGAACAUGAUUGGGUUCGUGCUCUACCCCCAGUUCCAGUCGCAGACCAGCCAUGCAGCAUUGGUCAAGCAUCGCCAUUUGUUGGACAACGCCUUGCUGAAAGGUGGUGUUUCGUUAGUUCAUCACAUUCAGUUGCUUUACUCGAAGCCUGAUAGCACAGUUCGAGAUACUCGGCCAUUGUCACAGCCCACUUUGGCUGUCUUCAACACCGGCUUUCAGCAGCAUGCCUUCCACCGAAGCCAUGCAGUCAGGGAAGGGAAAUUGGGUCCCUGCCCUCUACUACGCAUUGCUGACUUCAUCGGAUAUGAUUCAGAGCUUUCCAAGCCUGGGGCAUCAGCUCGUGUGGAGCAGAUGAAAGGGAUCCCUUGUCAUGCCAGCAUUCUCAACGGGCUGCUCGAGGGCAUGGAGAUUGGUGACGCCGACAAGAUCAUUUUCGUGGAUCUUCUGCCCAACAGGUUUGCAGAGUUUGGGCGAGCCAUUGUUCAGCGGAAUUUGACUGAGUCUGGCAAGACGGUGCACUACUGCGCUUUCAUUCUGAAUGAGUUCCAAGCCAAUUCCACGGCUCUGCGAAGCAUGGUCUACACCAAUUGGGAUGGUGAUUCUGCGAAGAGUCCUCCGAAAGAGCGCCCUGGAAGGGAAACUGCUGAUCGUGCUGCUCCACCUGAACUACAAAUCCUGGCAUGGUCUCAGAAUAGGCCGCUUUUCCCAGCUACUUUGGUCACUCACUUUACUGAAGGCACCCCAGAGUUCAAGAAAAUGCAAGAAUUCAAGGCCAAGUUUGACAGAAUGUUUCCUGCCACCGUCACCACUGUGACUCAAACCAGUACUCCUGGACCUGUGCGUGCUGGAGGGUCUUGUGACUUCACAGUUGAUGAUGGGAAACUACCGUUGGACAUCACGCGCGUCAUUGAUUUGCCGAGCAUUCCAGCCGCCGACUUCCAAACCCCGAGGCUUGCGGAGUGCGCAGCGAGCGGCAAGAAGCCAUCACUGGUGGUUGGACAGGACUUCUCCCUCUACAUAGGCAAUACUACCGAUGCGGACAUCACAAUUGAGGCCAUGGAGCUCUUCGGAUUUAGACGGGGAAGUUUCGAACAGAAAGAGAUUCGCGACGUCAGCAAUGAAAUACAUGGAGUUCCAUGGCGGUUGUUGGAUGACUUCCAGCUUGUGUCCGUGAACAAGCAAAUCAUGCCACUUUGCCAGUUCCUUCGUGUUUUGGCAACCGAUCAGGGCCUCAGCGAAGUGGAACUUUGUGAUCAUCUUUUGGUUUCGCGAGUGCUCGAGGCUUCUGCUUUGUCAUGA